GUUGAAACUCUGGGAAAAUCCUUAGUCUACCUAGUAAUUAUUUGUUCAUUCGACAACACGGAGCCGAACUUGACCCUGCGACUAUCUAUCUCUUCGACUACAUGCGAUCGCAUUGUCUGCGAAACAAACAGACCGCCACCUUCAGGCUGCCAGUCAUCAAGAGGUCAUGAGUCGCACUCAAGAUUGGACGUGAGGGGCUGCCGACCAGCGACCUGACGCAGCUCGUGUGCUCAAAAAAAAAAGCCUUUCCUCGGCCCACCGAUAAGGUCAACUUUCAAGAUGCUCAAGAAGAAAGGCGCCCCAUCCUUCAAGCCGAAGGCCGGCAUUCGCAGGAAUCCUGCCCCGGUUGCAGCUAAAAGCCAGUCAGGCACUCCUGCUCCCACCCAGCCUCCCGCCUCGAACGAUUCUGCGGUUGUCCCGAGCCCGACACCCACACCUACUCAGGUUUCUACAUCAGAGGGCACCAAUGCGACUUCUUCCGUACCUUCGCAGACUACCGUGACGCCUCCGACAUCGAUCACCGAGGCUCCAAGUACGCAAACUCAGACCACAAAACCCUCAAGCAGUGCCCAGACCCCGGCGAUAGUCGUUUCUGCGGAACAACCUCCAACUCAGGCCACUUCCCAUAUCGCCACACAACCGGACGACGCUAGCAUACGCGAAUCCACGCCCCGAGAUGCUAGCACACCUGGUGUGCCUUCUGAACAAAUUUCAACCGGCCAGACUACAACACCAAUUGUCACACAUAAGGAUGUUGCGUCGACCCAGCCCGUACAGUCAGAGCCUACGCACUCUGAAUUGCCUACAAACUCGAGUGCUUCAGAGCCAUUGAACAUCAUCCAGGAUGCGGCCGUGACUGAGACUUUCCCGGUUCCUCCGAGUAUAGACGCGGCCUCCCGAUCACAGACAUUAUUAUCAGCGGGGCCAUCCAGUAAUAUUGGAACACCUGUAAACAAUCCCAUCAUCACACCGGAAAUAACUAGCUCCCCAGGUGAUAGUGGACCGAUCGCGGCAACACGAAAGCGUGGCGCACCAGUUACGCCUUCGAGUGAGGCCGCUCCCGCUGUACCAUCUUAUGCAAACGUUGCAGUCCCUUCCCCGAAGCGCCGUCGCACGGCCAAGAGCACAGCGCAAGACUCCACAGUAGUAAUUUCAGAAUCCAAUGACUCGUCCCAACCUGGGCCUCAGAAAAAGCGAGCAAGGACAACCAAAAAAUCAUUAUCAGAGGCUCAAUCACGAGCAUCCGCGAAUGCUGAUUCCCAGCAAGAUGGCGACGCCGGUCCAUCUCAACCAAAACGAAAGGCCAGAACUAGGAAGACUGUCACCGCAGCUCCUGAUGGAAAUGGCGACACAUCCACACAACCUAAAAAACCAAGGAAGAGUCGCGAUGCUCGUGUUGCUGUGAGCAAUGCCGAUAGUACGGAUGAUGCCAAUGGCCUUGGCGAAGUCAGAACAAGGAGGAAAUCCUCAAAAAAGCCGCGGAAGGAACGCUCAGUCACACCAGAAGAUGCCGAGGAGCGGGCGAUAGAUCCAAGUAGCUUGACCAUGGCAGAACUUACGAAGGAUCUACGAAUCGGCAAGAAGUUUAGCCGUCACGAUGAGUUACGCGACAGAAUGAAGACUUUACAGGAAAAGCAGCGAGAAGAACGACGUCUCAGAAAAGCAAAUGGCGGCGCCACGCCGGGUGAUGAGGAAGCCACAGCCUUGGCAAAUGGUGAAUUCCCGGAGAGCUUGGAAACGGCUGCAGCUGCGACGGGCGCCAACGAUGGCAGUGGCUCUUCGACACAACCAGCGGCGCUGGGCCCGCAGUUUGAGAUUAUCAAUGGCGAGAUCGUCAUCAACCAAGCGUCCCUGGUGCACGAUCGACAUGCGGCAGCAAUGGUUGAUCAUGCUGAUAUGGAGGAGGUUGAAGAAAAUGAUUUCACGCGUAUGACCAACCAGGCGACUUAUUUGCGCCCAACGAAAAUAAAAGGUCCAAACGCAUGGACCAAGGAAGAAACACAGCAGUUCUACGAGUACUUGCGCAUGUUUGGGACCGACUUCCAGACCAUCGCCAACAUGUUUCCUGGCCGCAUGAGACGCCACGUCAAGAUGAAGUUCAACCGCGAGGAGAGACACAACCCAACGGGGGUUAAUGCAGCUCUCGUAGGACAAAAAGUUGUCAUGAUAGAUCUAGCCGAAUAUCAAACGCGCACAGGAAAGGCACUGGAGCCAACGGCCGACAUUGAAGAAGAGCAUCGCAAAAGGCAAGAGGCGCACGACGCUGAGCAGAAACGCAUCCAGGAGGAGGCGGAUGCGGUGCAAUCCGAGAAGCGGAAGAAGCUUCUGGGCACGGGCCCUGACAAUGGGAACGCGAAAGUUGCGGAGAAGACCAAGACCAAGGACAAGGAUGUCAGCGAUGGCAAGUCCAAAGGGGCCACGAAAAGCCAAACCCAGAUUAUGGAAGAAGAGGAGGACGUUGAGGUUAUUGAUGAGGAUGAAGUGGAAGAACGUCCUACACGUCGUCGUGGUCGAUUUGUUGGGAUUGGUGGUUAAAGUCGAGAUGAUUCAUGCAAUGGGUACAUGAGAUAUAGACCAAGGUCGGAUGAGGAGGAUAUGGAUGGGCGAUGAUAUACCCGCACAACUAGCAAGUUGCCGCAACAGUUAUGGAAACCUUUGAUGGCAUUGGCGUUUGUUGAGACUGCAAAAUUCAAAUACCACAAGCCGUGAUAUUUUGCUUUGCCUUUGCCAUGUGUACAGGUGCGAUUGCAGACUCCAUUGUGGAAUUUGCAUCUGUAAUAGAGAAUGGACCAGAUUGGGGUUUGACCAAACCCCACAUCGCCAACAAGAGAAUGCAUCUCGGCAGGCCCCAUAACUGCGCAAGCUAUCCGAGACACGAGGAUUGAUCUUGAUAACAAAAUUAAAAUCAGUUAAAUACUGUGAAAUGAUUAUUGAGAAUGAACUCAUUUGUAAUAAGUCUGCUUGAAAAGAUUCAAAUCAUGUGGCGAAUUGUCAGUGGACAAAGUUUGCCCACUUGUGGCGCUUGGAUCUGUAUUUUCUUUGCCCCUUCCCUUUUGGACUACACUACCUACAAAUAGAGCUAGGAAAUUUUGACUCAUUC